AGAAAGGAGAGUUGACCGGGCCCAGAAUAGCCCGACAAGGCUGUACAAAACCCUAGCCCCAUUUACCAAAAUAUCUACGUCAAUCUCUUCGAUCUUUUUCAAACCCUAAUUCAAUCACUAGCUUCAUUUAUCACAAUCUCCAUAAAUCACAGGCAUCUCUUUGCUCCUCAUCGUAUAAUCCUUCAUCUACCAGCAUCCAUCAUCCAAAGUUCGUCUCUCAUAUAUCGUAACGACUCAGAUCUGUAACAAUCUUCAGGUUGUGUACUUUGUGUUCUUUGCAAUGGCAUCUUUAGAUAUGUCACUUGAUGAUAUGAUUAAGAGUAGGCGUACUGCUGUUAGAGGUAGAGGUAGAGGUCGAGGUGGGGCUCGUGGUGGCCGAGGUCAACAAAGGUCAUUUGGUGGUGGAAGACCGACAGGGCCACCUCGCAGAGGUCCCCUUGGUGUCAGUGCUCGACCAUCAGCUCAUACCAUUGCCAAGUCUUUCCGCAAACCGAAGAGUUCCCCUUGGCAGCGCAACUUGCUUGAAGAGAGUUUAACCGCAGCAGGCGUUCCAGGGUUUGAUAACGUUGCAAAGUUGAACGUUUCCAACUUGGACAUCGGAGUGACAAAUGAAGAUAUUAGGGAACUUUUCUCUGAGAUUGGGGAGCUGAAAAGAUAUGCGAUUCAUUAUGACAAAUACGGCCGUCCAAGUGGUUCAGCUGAAGUCUUGUUUGCUAGAAGAAGUGAUGCUUUCCAGGCACUAAAGCGGUAUAACAAUGUACAAUUGGAUGGGAAACCUAUGAAGAUUGAAAUUGAAGGCUCCAACACUAAGACUCCUGUUUCUGCUCGUGUUAAUGUUGUUGGAGGUCUAAAUGGUCAGAGAACUGUUGUGAUGACGUCAAGAAUGGGUCGGGGUAGAGGAGCAAUUGCAGCUAAUCGUGCAUUUGGAAACCGUGGAGGUGUAAGGAACGGACGUGGGGGUAUGACAAACAUGCGUGGCGGCAUUGGUGGGGGUCGUGGGCGUGGUCGAGGUCAAAGUGGUGGGCGGGGUCGUGGUCGAGGGAAGAAACCAGCUGUGGACAAGUCUGCUGAUGAACUCGAUAAGGAACUAGAGAACUACCAUGCUAUGCAGAGUUAGUUAUUAUUUCUCAAGUUUUUGAAAAUUCGGUAAUGGUUGAAGAUUUCUGCUUGUGGAGUAAAUUUGUUUUUUAGCUUUGUUGCAUAUGCUUUCUAAUGGUAGAACCCUAACAUUGUUGUUGGCAUGUUUUUUCUAUAGAACGUAGUAUCCUUGUAUAUGGUUGUGUUUUAUUCAUCUUUUUAUAACAUUUAUGUCAUAGACUA